GGGAUGCAUUGAAGUCCUCCGCUCCAUGCGCUCCCUGGACUUCAACACCCGCACACAGGUCACCAGGGAAGCCAUCAACCGACUCCACGAGGCUGUGCCUGGCAUCCGGGGCUCCUGGAAGAGGAAGGCCCCCAACAAGGCACUGGCCUCCGUGCUGGGCAGGAGCAACCUGCGCUUUGCAGGCAUGAGCAUCUCAAUCAACAUCUCCAUCGAUGGCCUCAACCUCUCGGUGCCCGCCACGCGCCAGAUCAUUGCCAACCACCACAUGCAAUCCAUCUCCUUUGCGUCUGGCGGCGACACGGACAUGACGGAUUAUGUGGCCUAUGUCGCAAAGGACCCCAUCAACCAGAGAGCCUGCCACAUCCUGGAGUGCUGCGAGGGCCUCGCCCAGAGCGUCAUCAGCACUGUGGGCCAAGCUUUCGAGCUGCGCUUCAAACAGUAUCUGCACAGCCCUCCCAAGGUGGUGGUGCCCCCGGAAAGGCUGACCGGGCAGGAGGAAUCGGCCUGGGGGGACGAUGACAAGGACUCAGAUCACAGUUACUACAACAGCAUCCCAGGGAAGGAGCCACCCCUGGGGGGGCUGGUGGACUCCAGGCUGGCCCUGACUCAGCCCUGCGCCCUCGGAGCCCUCGGCCAGGGUGCAUCUCUCGCUCGAAGAGACGCCCGUGGCCUGCAGUGGGACCUGGGGCCCUCUGGUACAGCUCCGCCAGGGGACGGCUACGUGCAGGCAGAUGCCCGGGGCCCCCAGGACUACGAGGAGCACCUGUACGUCAACACCCAGGGUCUGGACGCCCUGGAGCCUGAGGAUGCGGUGGCCCUCCAGUUGGAGGACAGCCCCCAGAAGGACCUGUUUGACAUGCGACCCUUCGAGGAUGCCCUCAAGUUGCAUGAGUGCUCGGUAGCCUCAGGAGGGACAACAGUCCCCCUUCCCUUGGAGGACCAGUGGCCCAGCCCUCCCACCCGCCGGGCGCCCAUUGCCCCCACGGAGGAGCAGCUGCGACAGGAGCCCUGGUACCACGGCCGGAUGAGCCGGUGGGCGGCAGAGAGACUCCUCCGUGCUGAUGGGGACUUCCUCGUGCGGGACAGUGUCACCAACCCCGGACAGUACGUCCUCACGGGCAUGCACGCAGGGCAGCCCAAGCACCUGCUGCUGGUGGACCCCGAGGGCGUGGUAAGGUGCGGACGAAGGACGUGCUAUUCGAGAGCAUCAGCCACCUGAUCGACUACCACCUGCAGAACGGGCAGCCCAUCGUGGCCGCCGAGAGCGAGCUGCACCUGCGUGGCGUGGUCCCACGGGAGCCGUG